CAAGGGCUCCUGGGCCGGCUGUCCCUCCAUCCCUCAUGUGACAUGGACAUCACCCGGCUGAAGGGGGCCUGUGUCCCCGUGAGUUCCUGGAUAUCUCUGGGCUCUGCAGACCACCAAGCCAAGGAGGAAGAACAAGCCUCUGACCUGGGGUCUUCAGAGGUGGGGUGGGGGUGCCUCCUCCUCCUCCCCACUCCUCCAGGUCUCCUUCCUGGAAUUCCAGGGUCUCUUUAGUCCUUAGAAGAAAAAGUCAAGUCCCAGCACCCUUGGAGACUGUGAGACGAGCAGGUACCCCAGCAUCUGGCUUGGUUUCAGCCUGGGUGGGACCCUCGGGGCCCAGUGGGCACUCUGCCCUGUGGCCCUCCAAGGCCCAGCUUGGUCCCUGGCUGCAGCCCCCAGCACACACCCAGCCUCCUCCCCCACCAUCUGCCAGGCGGGUGCGCUGGGAAUGCAGAUGAAUCUUAAUAUCAGCCUGGGCCAAGUGCGAUGAGGGAGACAGAAUCUGCAGAACCCAGACAGCACCGCAGAGCCCCCUGCGUUCCCAGGCCCCCGGGGCCACACCAGGGUGCAGCAGCAAUUCCCUGGUGUUGGCGGGGGGGUGGUCCAGCCCCAGACAUCCCCCCCCCCAAGCCAGGGGAGGAAGGAACAGGUAAAUCCUUGUGUGGCCUCUGAGCCUCUGGUCCGGCUGGGAGGAAGGAGCCUGAGCGUGGGCAGCUGGGCCGGCACUCAGCCAGGCAGAGGCAGAGCGGGGCCCACUCCUGUCCAUUCCAGAAGGUCCUGUCCCCAGGAGGGCGGUGUGGCCCGGCAGAUAGCUCAGUGUUCAGGCCAGACAGCCCCCGAUUCCAUUCCACACCUGGACCUGCUGUGUGACCUUGGGCAGGUGACUGAGGUUCUCGGAUGCCAGUUUCCUGAUCUGUUGUUGCAAGAACAGAGUGGAGACAAGAUGUGCAAACGAAGCGCAGGCACAAUGGCUGGCAGGCAGUCGUAGGAGUUCUCGCUUUGCCACUUCCCACACAUUUGCUCUGGCUGCUCCUCCUGCCAGACUUGCCCUCACGCCCCUCUUGGCCAUUCCUGGCUCUCACUUCCUUCAAGUCUCAGCUCCGCAUUCAUCCAUCAAACGCUGGCUGAGCCUGUCCUCCAUGCCAGGCGCCAGGCCAGGGGCUGGGAUGCAGAGAUGAAUGGGACACUGAACCUGCCCUCCAGGAUCUCACCGGCUGGUGUGGAGCAGAGACAUGAAAUCGAUCAUUGUAAUCCGCAGUAUGUGGAGUAGCAGGUGCUUGAGGUCCUCGUACAAGGCGUCAUGGAUGCUCCGUGGAAGCCUCAGCGUCCCCACAUGUAAAGGGAAUCAGCCAGGGACCGGCGCUGCGGCACAAUGGGUUCAGCCACCAUCUACCGUGCAGGCAUCCCAUAGGAGCACCGGUUUGAGUCUCGGCUGCUCCACUUCCGAUCCAGCUCUCUGCUAUGGCCUGGGGAAGCAGUAGAGAAUGGCCCAAGUGCUUAGGCCCCUGCACCUUUGCGGGAGACCUGGAAGAAGCUGCUGGCUCUUGGCUCCAGCCAGGAGGCGUGUGGGGGAGUGAACCAGCAGAUGGAAGACCUCUUUUUUCUAUGUCUUCCCCCCUCUCUCUGUAACUCCGGGUUUCAAAUAAAUGAAAUUUAAGUCUGUCUUUAAAAAAAAAAAAAAAAAAAAAGAUCACCCAGCCCAUCUCAUGGAGUGCGGAGGUGGUGAGCUGGGGAACGUUGGGUUGCUAUCGCAGCCUUUCAUCAGAACGCGGCUGCGGGAAGCGCUUUGUGAACCGCGAGACCCUGAACAAAAAGGAGGCAAGCCAGCUCCUUCCGCCUCCGUUUCAGGAUCUUCAGAGGUGCGAAGCAAGGGUGGGGGGUGGAGAGGACCUGAGCUGCCUCUGAACCGCUAGGCAGCUGGCGGGGAGCCAACACCUGGCACGAAGUCAGCGGCGACCCGCCUCGGCCACCUGUCGGCUUGGACCCGCGUCGCUGUGGUCCACGCCAGCUCCUCAGGGGGCGAUGGAGAGCCUGCGCGGGUGUGGUAUGGCGGAGGCCAGCGGGUCAGCGCGCCGUCUGCUGGGGGCCCGGGAUGCGCGGCCACACGCGCCUGCCGCGCGCCGCGCCGCGUUCGCCCUUUUGCAAGGUGCUGCGCCCUUCCCGCCUGGUGCAAAGAAGCGCUUGAUAAAGGCACUAAAAAAAAAAAAUUUUUUUUUAUGUGUGCCACGCAGAGGCGUAGUCACGCGCUUGAGCUCUGGCCAGAUCGCCUGGGUCCCGAUUCUGGAUUUGCCACCGUGUCUUGGGUCAAUUCCUUCACCUCUCUGUGCCUCAGUUUCCCUGCGGGGAAAGGCACGGAACCCACACAGAGGGUUGUGGAGAGCAGCACCCGGCACGCGCCGGCCAUCGUUCGGUUCGCAUCCGUGCGCUCAUCCACCCACACGGUCGUGCCGGGAGCGCGCAGGGCUGUGGCCCUGGCGGUGACCACAGCCUCCACCGGAGGUGUUCGUGCAACCUGGGCUCUCCCGCACUGCCGGCCCUCGGGUGUGUUUCGUGAGUCGCGGCCACACUGGCCGGAAUCCUCUGGAUCCCCGAUGGACUUGAAGGCCACAGAGAGCCGGGGGGCGGCCACCUCCGGAAGCCGAGGAUUCCCUCCGCGAGCGUCCCCGGUCACCCCGCCCCGGCCCAGGAAGACUGUCCCUCGGGCGCCCAGAAGAGCCUGGCAGCGCCUUCCAUCUGCAGGCUGCUGGCGACACCUGGCGGCGGCGGGGAGCAUCGCCGCCACCUUCCCUCCCGGGAACCCACGCCGAGACCCUGGGCUCCGUCGGGCUCCGCUGGGAGACAUCAGCGGGGAGCAGCAGACGCAUUCAGCCGUCGAGUGGGCAGCAGAAGGGCUUCCCGGAGCAGCGCCGAUCUGCGCUUGCCCUGGAGAGGCGGCAGCCAAGGCUCAGCUUGGAGGAGGAGGAGGAGGAGUGCGGGACCCCGAAGCUGGGGCAGGCGUGGGGAGGGGGGCGUGGAAGUUCCGAAGGAAGCCUUGGCUACUUUCCUCCCUCCGCGCCAUUUGUGGUUAUCCUUUGUUCCCUUGGGGUGCCCCAGGGGCGGGGAAGAGGGAGAGAGGGUCUGGGCGGGGGGCAGUCCAGGCGGCUCCCGGUAGGCGUCAGCUGCAAACCCCUGUUCACCCUUGCAUCAGCCACACCCACUUCAUGCAAACCCAGCCCCGCCUUGGAACCCCAGGGUGUGCCGCUCACUCCUGACCUUGACUGCCCAACUCAAGGUCUGCAGACCCGCACUUGGCACAUCCUGUCCCACUUGUCCGCCUCCUCUGUGCUCCUUGCCCCGUGCAGGACUGUGCCCUCCCCCUGCGAGGAUCUGGGUGCCAGGUUUAGGUCCCCAACACCCAAGUGCACCUUCUCCCCAACCUGUGUGGGCUUCAGGGCUCCCGCAUGGCUGGGUGAGAGCACAGCGCCCUCCACUGGUCUCCCUGGGCCUUCCCUCCUGUCUUUUUUUUUUUUUUUAAGACUUAUUUAUUUGAAAGAGUUACACAUAGAAGGAGAGGCAGAGAGAGAGAGAGAGAGAGAGAGAGAGAGAGAGAGAGAGAGAAAGGUCUUCCAUCUGCUGGUUCACUCCCAAUUGGCCGCAAAUUUCUUCUGGGUCUCCCACAUGGGUUCAGGGACUGGAUCAGAAAUGGGGCAGCCGGGACUCGAACUGGUGCCCAUAAAGGAUGCAGGCACGGAAGGCGGCGGCUUUAUCUACUACGGCACAGCGGCACAGCGCUGGCCCCAGAAGGAGAAGAUUUCUAAGAUGUGAGGUAGGUGGUGUCCCUUUCCUGUCUCAGUGCCUGGAAGGCACCCCAGGCACUCUGCCUGCAAGUGCACAGUCUGAUGAGGUAGGUCCCAUUGUUGUCACAUUUUACAGAUAGGACAAAUGAGGUUUAGCAAGAUGAGGCAAUUGCCCCAGAGACCCACAGCUGGGACUGUCCAGAGCUGGGAUUUAAACCCAAGAGCCUGACACCCCGAGAGCAGGCUUGCACCCAGUCAGUGCUCCCUUAAGUGAGGCAGGGAGAGUGCCCUUGUUUAUUUUUAAUAAUAAAGAUAAACAUUUUGAAUUUGAAUAGAGGGGCCAGCAUUGUGGCCUAGAGGAUAAAACCACCACCUACAUUCCGUAUGGGCACCGGUUCAAGUCUGGCUGCUCCACUGCCAAUCCAGCUCCCUGCUAAUGGCCUGGGAAAGCAGCAGAAGAUGGCCCAAGUCCUUGGACCCCUGCACCCACGUGGGAGACCCGGAUGGAGUUUCUGGCUCCUGGGUUCAGCCUGACCCAGCCCUGGCUGUUGCAGCCAUCUGGGGAGUGAACCAGCAGAUGGAAGAUCUCUCUCUCUCUCUCUCUCUCUCUCGCUCUGUUACUCUGCCUUUCAGAUAAAUAAAUAAAUCUUUUUAAAUGAAUAAAUGAAAAUAAAUUUGAACAGAAAUAUGGAGCAAUACAAAGCGUCCUUUUAAAAAACAUUUGGGGGAGGCCGGCGCCGCGGCUCACUAGGCUAAUCCUCCGCCUAGCGGCGCCGGCACACCGGGUUCUAGUCCCGGUCGGGGCGCCGGAUUCUGUCCCGGUUGCCCCUCUUCCAGGCCAGCUCUCUGCUGUGGCCCGGGAGUGCAGUGGAGGAUGGCCCAGGUGCUUGGGCCCUGCACCCCAUGGGAGACCAGGAAAAGCACCUGGCUCCUGGCUCCUGCCAUCGGAUCAGCGCGGUGCGCCGGCCGCAGCGCGCCAGCCGCGGCGGCCAUUGGAGAGUGAACCAACGGCAAAGGAAGACCUUUCUCUCUGUCUCUCUCUCUCACUGUCCACUCUGCCUGUCAAAAAAAAAAAAAAAAAAAAAAAAAAAAAAAAAAAAAAAACA